AUGUCAGGCGAUGUGUCCGAAUAUGACAGCGCUGCAAUUCACAAGCAGACUGCAGAGGCACAGCGCGGGAAAUCCCAACUUGCUGUUCGUGCAGUGGGGCUCGCUAUUCAGUCACAAUACAAUGGAAGUAGUGGUGGGAUGCCUCCACCUGCUUUCAUUCCAGGCUCCCACCCCGAAGUGUCAGGUCCCGUUCACCAGAGGCGUGCCUUGGGAAAUAAUCAAUUUGUCCCAUUACCCAACUGGCCUGCAGCCCCUGGCCCCUCGGGCGUCCGCCGUGCAAACCUACCAGGGCCCAACAUAUCUAUUUAUGGUCGGGACGCUCAGUUCAUCGUCUACUCAGACCUUCUUCGAACUUUGCCACUCAAGCCUGGUUAUCAAGAUGCACAUAAAAUUUAUGAAGAGAUGCGAGACCGGCUUGCUCGACAGGCCUAUGCUUCAAGUGUUCCCGAAGUGGUAUGUGUCAAGGCUUAUCUUGCAGUGAUGAUUCCACGCGCUAAAAAACCAACACUAAUAUCUGAUAUAGUCGAGUCGAUCAGCAACAUUCCUUACCGCAUUGGUGCCAAUGACCUCAAAGCUUCAGUUUACCUCACCGUCCUUCCCAUGUUCAUCAAGUGGUCCAUGGGUCUUACUUUUACGUUUGAGGAAGCACGUUUACGUCUUGUUAGUAGUUUUGAGGAGAUUCUUCCCCGUCCGUCUGGAGAAGAUAUCAAUGCCAUAGCGUCCCACUUCCUCAAGACCAGGAACACGAAGCAGCAGUUCAACCCAGGCAAGGGGAUCGAACUUCACCUCAUCAUUCCGCAUACCAAGUUCCUUGCUGCUGAGCAGAGGCGAAAUGGUGAAGAAAUAGCAGAGUCCAAGUCUUGUGAUGAUAUGCCUCACGUAGCAGUGGCAAGUUCAUCUGACAUCCAACGUCCUGCAUUUGUACUAUCUGUGGCGUCACCAUCAAACAAUGUGCAAAAUGGCACACAAUGUUCGCCUCACUCUGUCAAGCGCAAACUAUCUGUAGGUGGCAAGGAAAAUACUGAGCUCGAACUCGAGCCCGAAUUCUCCCGCGAUGUGCUCAAAGAACGGCUCGUUCAGCAGCGAACUGGCAUUGAAUGUAGGGCGCCGCGCAGAACCACCGCCAAAGGACGGGCGCUAGAUGUGGAGCUAAAUGUGGGUCGUUGGGACAUCGAAGAGCUGAACGACGGUCGCUACUAA